UUAUCUUCAUCCCAACUCCGCCUCGUUGAAGUACUUCUCCUUUCUUCAUUCUUCAACGGCGCCUUUGCCUUGGAUUGCAGAUUCGGGGGCUGUGCCCGUCGACUCGCUUCCAUCCUUCUUCCCUUCCCCCUCCCCCCUUCUUGGAUACGAAGAUUCACCCUCGGUUUCCCCUCUGAGGUCAGCCUCUCGCAGAGCGCGCUGUGGCCCAGGCUGCAUACCAUCUCCCUAUCUUUGCGUUCGACAGCCGACCCUUCUCAGCCAAACAUCUCAUGCCGUAUUCUCGGCCAUCCCAUCUGAGAUAUGAACGGCCGGACGGACGAGAAUAAGGCGCGCCUAGCCUCACGCACCCCGGAUUCGGCCCAGUCAGCCACGUCUUCCCCGAUCUCACCCCUUAAUUCUCAACGAUCGACGCCGGGCGAGCGACCGGGGCAGCGCAUAAUGCCUCGGACUUCUUCGAUUGAUUCUGCGAUAUCGUCUCUCUCGUCCGCUUCCCAAUCCCACAAGUCGUCGUUCGAUGUAAGCGCAUUGAGCCAAACGGACAUUGGGAAUCUAAUAGCUACUGCCGGGUCGGCCGACGCGGUAAUCAAGCAUCUUCUGAAAGAAAAACAUCAUGCGGCGUCUCAAAAUGCUCAGCUCUGGAGACUGGUCGACAAGCAGCGUACCCUCAUUCUCGGGCUCAACAAAGACCUGGACCGCGCGUUGAAAGACAAGGAGCGCUACAAGAAAAAGGUGAAGGACCUGCAGAACUCAGCACCUCCGGUACCAUUGGUGGAGGCUCAAACGAAACACGACAAGUCCACCAGAGGUAGAGAAGAUUCUUCUAUUCAGGGAGGUUCCAGGCAGUCACAGACAGUGGAUCACGAUGCCUCGGCUAGAGGAACCGUUUCGGGCUCCAAAAUCCCUUCCACGGAUCUAAGCCAUGCCCAAGCGAAGGAGGGCCAGCCUCCCCUCGAUUUUGCUGGCUCUCGCAGCUCGGCGAAUCUGAACGAAGGUCCAUCGACCAAUCGUUCCCCCAGAGAGAUCGGUCCGCCAGACGAGUCACAGACACCCCAAUCGCUAGUGUUUUCGCGACAAGAGUUGUCAACAGCGAGUCCAAGCCUGGAAAGCCCCAGUCCUACCAUUAAGGACUCAGUACCAAGCAGAGGAAAACCGCAGAGACUCCCUCACCCGGUCCGAAAGGCGCCUCCGGCGCCAUUGAACCUCGGCCUAUCAGAACACCGUUUGGCGGAUCGUGCGGAUGUUUCUGACUCCGAGUCUGAAUAUGAGGAUAUACUGUCCGUUGACGAACUGCCCAUGGAGCGCGGGCGAAGGAAAACGAGGGAUGAUGAUGAUCGCGAGCGCGAAGCAGCCGUGCAAAAUGAACGAAGUACGUUCGAAUUCCCAGCAGGGAAAGAACUAGGAAAAACAGCUGGUAAUGCACCUGGUCCCCGACAAGACUUACCGCAAAUUGCAUCACGUUUGGAAGAGCAUGCGGCGAAUCCUCACAUUGGUCAUGUGUCACCUCUAGGCUCUCAUGCGGUCAUGAUGGCUUCCAAAAGCCCGGGCUUGCCGAUCAGCCCCAGGCCGGAGGACCGUCCCCUCGGCUCACCCUUACCACGGAUGCCCAGGGAGAUGUCCGGCUCUUUGGCCACCAUGCCCAUGUCUUCCGGGGGCAAUCUCUCUGGUCUAGCUCUGUCCCCCCGAGCUGGACAAUACCAGAACCCUUUCACCUCGCCGGGCCCCGCUUCGCUUCCUUCUGACUCUGGGAACCGUGUCGUACCCUCAAUCGAUUCUGCAGUUCGAAUUGAUAGUCCUCGGUCGCCAGCCUUUAAAAACCAAGAGAUCUAUCAAGGCCUGAUAUCAGAAGAGUAUCCGAACCUUCUCCUGUCCCCCAAUGCCCUCCCUUUGGUUCAGGUGAGAGUAUCGUCAUCGCGGCUGCGGCCCUCUAGGAACAGCUACAACAUGUCUAGACCCUCGGAAGAGGAACCUGUCUUUACCCUAGGCGUCUUCUCGCGUUCGGAUAAUGCGGAACUCUGGCGAGUAGAAAAGGUCAUUGCAGCCCUCCCGCAGCUCGAUCAACAAGUAAGGCAGCUCUCGGCCUUUGGGGCGAAGCUGCCGGAUCGCUCCAUAUUCAACGGGCAUUCCCCCGCCAAGGUGGAUUCGAGGCGUGCUGCUUUGAAUUCCUACUUCGAGGCUCUUCUCAAUACGCCGAUGGACGAGAAUGCAGCGUUGACCCUGUGUCAGUUUCUCACAACCGACGCCAUUGAGCCCCGGGAUGAUGAAACUAGCCUGUUAAAAGGCAAGCAACAGGCCGGUUCCGAGCUGCUACGUGGCCCGGAUGGGAAGCCCCGAAAAGAAGGUUAUUUAACCAAACGAGGCAAAAACUUUGGCGGCUGGAAGGCGCGGUAUUUUGUUCUGCAUGGCCCUGAGCUUAAGUAUUUCGAAUCCCCAGGUGGUCCCCACCUCGGUACGAUCAAAAUCUACAACGCCCAGAUCGGAAAACAAUCACAGAGCGCACACGGACAAAACGGGUCCCCUUCCCGAGCGGAGGAAGACGUUGAUAAUCAGUAUCGCCAUGCCUUCCUUGUCUUGGAGCCCAAAAAGAAGGACUCUUCAGCGCUGGUCAGACAUGUUUUGUGCGCCGAGAGCGACGAAGAAAGAGACGCUUGGGUCGAGGCACUCCUGGAGUACGUCGAGGGCCAGUCGGAGACCGAAGGUUCUAAUCAUGGGUCGGCAAAGGGGCAAACACCCAUCACAAGCAGGCCGCCAGUCAACGGCAUCACUACCAAGUCUAACACGGUGUCUGGUGGAAGCAAGAAAGGGAGCCGGGGACUGGAUGCUGCGGGCGCAGAAAGCCCCGAUACGGUUCAGGGGUUUAGCUACGACGACGCUGUUCCUGCCGAGCCUCCCGUCUUUGGACCAGCUUCUGAACCGGGUCCUGCAUCUCCUUCGCUCGUCCUCGGGGCCUCUCUGGAAUCUGGAGAUGCAAGUCAGAUGGUGAAUCCUUCGCCAGACAUCAACCAACUCUCAUCGAGGUUCAUCUCGGGGCCCACCAAUGGUGCGGUGAUUCAGGAUGCUGGUGCCUGGGGGAACAAGGCAGCCAAUAGCGCUAAAGAGAAAAAGAGAAGCAUCUGGAGCUUCCGUACCAGAUCCUCAAUUGAUCUCGCCUCACAGCUGCACGCCAGCCAUGAUCUCCCAACAUUACAGCACCAUGGGAAUACGUUGGGCGACAGAAAAGAUUUUGUGAGACCGGUAUUUGGAAUUCCUCUGGCAGAAGCCGUCCAGUUCUGUGCGCCGCAAGGCACAGCUGUCGAUCUGCCCGCUGUCGUCUAUCGUUGCAUAGAGUAUCUCAAGGCCAAGGACGCGGCAUCAGAAGAGGGAAUCUUUCGGCUAAGUGGCUCGAAUGUCGUUGUCAAAGCCCUCAAGGAACGGUUCAACACUGAAGGCGAUGUUGAUUUCUUGGCCGGUGAUCAGUACUACGACGUCCAUGCUGUUGCAUCGCUUUUUAAACAAUACUUGCGGGAGCUUCCUACAACGGUUCUCACUCGCGAACUUCAUCUCGAAUUCCUUCGAGUGCUUGAACUUGACGAAAAGCAGAAAAAAAUCGUUGCAUUUAACUCGCUGGUUCACAGGCUUCCGAAACCAAACCUGGCCCUGUUACGGGCCCUGGUCCAGUUUUUGAUGAAUAUUGUCAACAAUUCGGAUGUCAACAAGAUGACCGUCAGGAACGUCGGCAUCGUUUUCGCGCCGACACUCAACAUUCCGGCGCCUGUCUUUUCAACGUUCCUCACGGACUUCGAAGACAUCUUUGAGGAACCCCCAGGCUCCGACUCGAACGCAGCGGAACUGAACGCCAGUCAUUUUAUCUCCCCGGGAGACAUUCGUUCGCCGCGCCGACAAAUGUUCUCGGACAUCCCAACGCCUACUGUCCGUGCACAAGAAGAGUCUGUCGAUGGGUUCAACACGCCUCACGACGCUGGUUUCAUUCCCACCCAGCCAACCUACGAGCACUCCAAUCACAAACCGGACCCUGCGAAUGAGGAUGAAAUGUAUUCCCCUUCUAUGUUAACACCAGCCAACGAGUCUUCUCGGUCCGCUAAGGCGAAACGAAGAGAAAGCUCAAUGCUUUUUAUGGAACUUGGCAAUCAAGCCAACUCUCCCUCAAUUUAUCACAAUGACUGAGGUUAGUUGUUGUGUGGCUAGCCUUCUAAUACCUUUUCUCGGCUGACGGUGAAUGCAGCCUACUUAAUUCGCAACCCAACCACAACUCAGUAGCCAUUCC